GCCUUCCCGUUGGGUCUAUGCGAAGGCGACUGCGACCGAGACAGUGACUGCCAAGGCAAUCUUCGAUGCUUUCAACGUGGUGCUAGUCGGGAGUCCGUGCCUGGUUGUACCGGAGCGGACGCCGAUGCAACUCGUUUCGACUAUUGCUACGACCCCCUCACUCCUACACCCGCCUCUGCACCUCCGAGUGUCUGCGAGGGCGACUGUGAUCAAGACUCGGACUGCGCGGGCGAUCUACGGUGUUUUCAGCGCUCGAACGGUCAUCUGGUGGUGCCGGGAUGUGCAGGGGGGGCUGCUGACGUGAGUCAUUUCGAUUACUGCUACGAUCCCACGUAUGGCCCAACGUUGGUAAGUGUUCAGUUGGCGCUUUCCACUGUCUCCUCAGCGCGUGCCGAUCCUUCGCUUUCCUCUCUCGGAUCAGAGGUCUCUUCUGGAUUGCCCGACGAGAACCGAAGUGACCGCCGUUUGCAGUCUGUCGCAGUUGUUGGCGAUAAUGGCUCUCCUUCCUCUCGCUUCCCGCUAGGACUCUGCCAAGGCGAUUGCGACAGAGAUAGUGACUGCGCUGGAACCCUCCGCUGUUUUCAGCGGAACGGAGGACAAGAUGUCCCUGGUUGUGCUGGUGGCGCGAAGGACCGUAGCAAAUCGGAUUAUUGUUACAAUCCCAAUGCUAGUGUGAGGCCCCCCCCUGCACCUGUCGCCACUCGGCCGAUUCCCGCGCCUGUGCCCUCUCCUGCUUCUGUUGCUGUCGUUGGCAACAAUGGAUCUCCUUCUUCUCGCUUCCCUCUAGGCCUCUGCCAAGGCGAUUGCGACAGAGACAGUGACUGUGCUGGAACCCUCCGCUGUUUUCAACGGAACGGUGGACAAGAUGUGCCCGGAUGCUCUGGUGGCUCAAACGAGGGAAGCAGAUCUGAUUUUUGCUACGAUCCUGCACCUGAAGCCAGCAAGCCUGUACCAGUACCGACUCGGCCGAAUCCCGCGCCGGUACCACCUCCUCCUGCAGGACCUGUUGUUUCCCCUGUCCCCGCUCCAGUUGCUGCCCCUUCUCCUUCUGGCCCCCGUCCAGUUGUGACGGUUGUUGGUGAUAACGGUUCACCUUCUUCCCGCUUCCCUCUAGGUCUCUGCCAAGGCGAUUGCGACAGAGACAGUGACUGUGCUGGAACCCUCCGCUGUUUUCAACGGAACGGUGGACAAGAUGUGCCCGGAUGCUCUGGUGGCUCAAACGAGGGAAGCAGAUCUGAUUUUUGC